CACCACAAUUCCAUUCUCACUCUCUCCAACAUCUCCACACCCGCCACUCCUUACACAACAGCCAUGGCAACCACCACUGCCGCCGCCGCCGCUGCUACGUCCUCAUUCAUGGGAACACGCCUUCCCGACGUCCACUCAAACACCGGCCGCGUUCAAGCCCGAUUCGGGUUCGGUCGUAAGAAAGCCCCCGCAAAGAAGGCCGCGAAGCGGGUGUCCGAUCGCCCGCUAUGGUUCCCGGGAGCCGUAGCUCCAGAGUGGCUGGAUGGGACCUUGGUUGGAGACUACGGAUUUGACCCCUUCGGUUUGGGCAAGCCCGCCGAGUACUUGCAGUACGAUUACGACUCCUUGGACCAGAACUUGGCCAAGAACAUCGCCGGAGACGUCAUCGGAACCAGGUUCGAGGGCGGCGAGGUGAAGUCGACCCCGUUCCAGCCUUACACCGAGGUUUUUGGGCUGCAGCGGUUCCGUGAGUGCGAGCUCAUUCAUGGGAGGUGGGCCAUGUUGGCCACACUCGGUGCUCUCGCCGUGGAGUCACUCACCGGAGUCACAUGGCAAGAUGCCGGAAAGGUGGAGCUGAUCGAAGGAUCAUCGUAUCUAGGGCAACCACUUCCAUUCUCCAUGACCACAUUGAUCUGGAUUGAAGUUCUGGUGAUUGGGUACAUUGAGUUCCAGAGGAAUGCAGAGCUGGACCCAGAAAAGAGGCUGUACCCAGGUGGAAAGUUCUUCGACCCAUUGGGAUUGGCAGCUGACCCGGAGAAGAAGGCGGUCCUCCAACUGGCGGAGAUCAAGCACGCUCGCCUUGCCAUGAUUGGUUUCCUGGGAUUCGCCGUCCAGGCAGCCGUCACAGGAAAAGGCCCUCUCAACAACUGGGCCACCCAUUUGAGCGACCCACUUCACACAACCAUUAUUGACAACGUUUUCUACUCUUAAGCUCUCCCAGUAUUUCUCCCUUGUGCCAAUAUUUUAUAAUAGCUGAGAUGUCGUGAGGUAUCUGUAUUUUCCAUCUUGUAAAGAACGUAACAUUCGACCCUUAAGCACAACGCUGUUGCCCUCUAUUAUCAA